CAAUGCCAAUGCCAAUGCCAAUGCGAAUUCCAAUUCCAAUUAUGUCCUCUAAUGCUACAAUGUCUUUGUUAUUCACUUCUUCCUCUUGCUGUUAUAUAUUGUUAAUUGUUAAUUGUGUGUAUUUAAAUUAAAGUAUAAUUCCGAUAUGUCUAACCUGUAACUUGUAACUUUUUUUCCAGCGAACCAAAGCCCGUGCGUAUACUCCGAAACAGGUAACUGUACUACAAAGUACCUACUCAGUAUAAACCCGAUAGUAAAUCUCCAUACAUUAUAAUUAAGUAUGUUAUACUAUACCUCUAAAUAUUUAACCUAUCCUGAUAAGUCAUCCUUAUUGGAAGAUUUUAAGGGGAAAAAGAUUGAAGAAUUACCUACUCCAUCAUUAGUAAUUAAUAGAGAUAAAUUUCAACAUAAUAGUAAUAGUAUGUUGAAAAAUGCCUCUAAAUUAAAUGCUAGUUUUAGAGCUCAUGUUAAGACUCAUAAAACUUUAGAAGGAACAUUACUUCAAUUAGGUGAAGGGAAUUUAAAGACUAGUAAAUUAAUUGUUUCAACAUUAGCUGAAGCAUGGAAUUUAUUACCGUUAGUGGAACGCGGGGAAGUCGACGAUAUAGUAUUCAGUUUACCAGUGGUUAAAUCAAGAAUUGAAGAAUUAGCAGAUUUAGCAUCUAAAAUUCCUAAUUUACGAGUAUUUGUUGAUCAUGAUGAUCAAAUCUUUAAUUUAAUUAAAUAUCGUCAAGAAAAUCCUCAUAUUAAACCAUGGUCAGUAUUUGUUAAAAUUGAUAUGGGUACUCAUCGAGCAGGUUUAAUUAAUGAAAGUAUUAGUUUAGAUAAGAUUCUUAUUGAUUUAUUACGUUAUGAUGAUAAUAAGCAACAUAUUCAACUUCAUGGAUUCUAUUGUCAUGCGGGUCAUUCUUAUUCAGCUGAUUCUUUAGGUGAUGCAAAGAAAGUAUUAAUUGAUGAAAUUGAUGCGGCUAAUAAAGCAGCUCAAUCAGCAUUAGCAUUUGAUCCUGAUUUAAAGCUUGUACUUUCAGUAGGGGCAACUCCUACUGCUCAUGCUUCUCAUGAAUUAACUCUUGAAGAAUUAAAUGAUCAUUUUAAACCCGCAUUAUUGGGAUCUUUAGAAUUACAUGCGGGUAAUUAUCCAUGUUGUGAUUUACAACAAUUAGCUACUCAUUGUGUUAAUGAAGAAGAUAUAUCUAUAUCAGUAAUUGCCGAGAUUGUAUCAAAAUAUCCUAAUCGAGGUGAAACAGCUCCUGGAGAACAAUUAAUUAAUGCAGGAGUUAUUGCUAUGUCAAGAGAAUCUGGUCCUAUUCCAGGUUAUGGUAAGAUUAUUGAACCUAAGGGUCAUGGAGAUUGGUAUAUUGGGAAACUUAGUCAAGAACAUGGAAUAUUAGUACCUGGUUCAAAUAAUUGUACGUUUAUACCUAUUGGAACUCAAGUACGUAUAAUUCCUCAACAUGCUUGUAUUACUGCCGCCAGUCAUCCUUGGUAUUAUGUUGUUGAUGAUCUGGGAGUGGUAGUAGAUAUAUGGGUACCAUUCAGAGGGUGGUAAUGAUACCAGGGUAACUAUAGGAUAACUAUAACUAAAACUAUAACUGUAACUAUAGUAUAAUACUAUAACUAUAGUAUAUAACUAUAACUAUAGUAUAUAACUAUAAACAUAUAACUAUAGUAUAUAACUA